AUGAAGAGAGUGAUUGCGCUGGACACAGACGUGAGUAACUCCUCUUCCCUCUUCCUGCUUCUCUUGAACUCUCCACAGGUGGAACAAGCCACUCGGAUAUGGACCAAGAACUACAAAUUUGACCCACGCAUUGCCCUUGGAAAAUACUCACCCAUGGAAAAAGAGAUUAUUCGUCUAGGUGGUGUUCACACUGCAGCAGCAAGAAAGUAUUUGGUUCGUAAACAAGAGGAAGAGGAACAGAUGCUGAAGGAGCUACAUCUGGGGCCCCCAGACUACGAAGAGACAACGGAGCCUAGAAAGCAACCCCUAUUUCCUUGUUCCAUGUGUGCACCCUUGGAAAAGAUAUGGACAGCAAAGGUGGUUGUGCCCCCAGAAGAGUUCAAAAUGCCACAGCGAGAAAAGAUCAGCAUCAAUAAGCACAUAGAAAGGAUGCAACUUGCUCAAGUUCAAAGGAAAAGGCAGCUCGUACCGUUUUUAUUAAGGUCAGACCCUGGGCCAACUGCAAAAGACGAGGCCAGAGAAAAAGAAGGUAGUUAUGAUGUCAAUCCAGAGAAGAAAAAAGAGACAGUGCGUAAAGCCACAAAUAAGCCAGAAAUAAAAAUGAAUGUCACUUUCAGAUCAGAAGAACCAACACCAAGAUUAACACAUAAGGUCAAUGACGAGAGGCCGUUUCUCCCCACAACAAAGCCGGGACGGUGCAUCACUGGCCCAACAAAUCGAUGCAUGUUCAGUUUUUUUGAAUUCCCAGGAGAUCUCCUGCUAAUGAAUCAGCAUUUUGUAUCAUGGGGAGUCCACCUCAGGGAUGUGGUAAAGGCUUUCACUCUGAAAAGAGAGGGCAGCUGGGAUGAGUCUCCAUGCAAAACUGUGUCUCACUAUUAA